ACGGACGAAGGAGGCGGUUUUCGGUAUCGGCGGUGGUGUCUGUACCCCGUGUAUCGUGCUCUCGUGCGCUAGUACUCGUGCUAGUGCUCGUGCUCGUGCUCUCGUGCUAGUCUCUUGUGUCCCACCGAUUUACAUUACACUCUCGUUACGAAAGGGUAACACAACGCGAUUAACGAGAAGGUGCUGCAUGCGAGAGAGAACGCUAAUACACUUGUAUUCUUUCAUUGCAAUCUAAAUUUCCAUUUUGUUUAUUCGUGCGCUCAGAAAAGUAUCAUUCGUAAAAAGUUAAGUCAAAAGUAAUAUUAUAUGAAAAGAUUUGCUCGUCCGCGCCUCGCUCCUGUCUCUCUCCUUGUAGUGCUAGCUGUGUGGUACUUUAGUGUGUUUGUCGACGGUGGUGGUAGUAGUAGUGGUGUGUUUGGUGGUGCUGGUGCCGCUGCUUGCCACUGCUGCUGAUGCUUGCUGCUGUUGUUGCUCUUAGUAGUGGCAGUGCAUGCUGCUAGUGUUCGUUCGUACAUCGCGGUUCUCGUCGAUUUGGCCGCUGGGAGGGGGGAGGAGGAGGCUCCCCAUCCUCCCCUUCUCUCGUUCACCCUACUACGGUUAUCCUGUAUAUACUUUUGGAUGCGAAAAACGCGCAUACCUGCACCAUCAACGAGUAUGGAGAUACCUAAGACGGUGCAAGAACAAAUAUACGAUAUGCAAAACAAGAUGAAGAAUGCCAUACGUGAUCAUACGAUAUACUUUGGCCAACUGAAAGAUGAUCCAAACAAUACUAUUAUUCUUGGACAAAUACAGGCCAUCCAUUUGCGCAUCAUCUCCCUGAAUAAAAAUCAGAAACAAGUUUUAGAUAGAUUGCGCAAAGAGGUCGAUGAAUUCAAUGCGCAAAAUGCGAACGGGCCAAAAGUUUCCCUAGCGUCGUUGCUUGGCUUGAAUAAUAAUAAUAAUCAUAUCACGAAUAAUAAUGAUAAGAAAAGUAGUAAGGUGGUGGGAAACGACGGCAACAAUCUCGAUGUUAAAAUAUCGAAAGAUGAUUAUGAGGACACGGUGCGCAACAGCGACGACGUACCUUCCCCCUCGCAAGAGAACUCAACUUCCAAAGAUCGAUCGAGCUCGGUGGAGACGAUAUCAGGAGGCGAGGAUGACGUUAUUGAAGUCUCCAUGGAUGAAAAUUCAAACGAGACGCAAGAGGAACUUGAUGAAAAGAAUUUCAAACAAGAUGUUAAGGAAAAGAUAACGUUUUUAUCGAAUUUAAGCCUGAUCACGAAAUCGAGAUGUUCCGAAUUACAAAACAAAAGGGUAGAAAGGAAACGACGUAGCACGGCUAAUCCGCAGUUUGUCUAUUCCAAUUUUGAAGCACCGAUGAAAAAAAAAAAAUGCACGUAUUUACAAUCUGGUGGAAGCGCACCACAGACACGACAAACGACAGCUCGCAUGAACGGACCAUCACCACCUCCAGUUAGUAAGACAGCCUUACCGAAAUCUACUUCGCUGCCUUCGAAAACAACGAUAGGAAAAUCUCUCAUUCCCUUGCAAAAGUCAAUGACGAGACCAAACAUUCUUAGGAACGCAUCGGAAAGUAAAGUCUAUCCUGGAAAGGGCAAGAUUGAAAAUGGUUCCAAUUCCUCCAUGUCAUUACCGAUCGUUCCUACGAAAACGAUCCAAUCAACUGGUAGUAGAACUGUCCAUAUACCAGGAUUACCUUCGUGUUUAACGAUAGAGAGGAUCGAAAAUGAUUCGAUUGUUUGUAUAAGGUGUAGAAAUCCAGGUACUUUAACGGUUUGCGAGAAUUGUUCGGCCAACUAUCAUGUAUCCUGUCAUUCCGUCUCACCAGCACCCCCAAGAAUUUGUCCAAAGUGUGCAUUCGUUGAGGAUGACGAAGAAGAAGAAGAGGAGGAGGAGGAGGAAGACGCAGUGGUCCAAGAAGCCGAAGAGGAAGACGAAAGGGAGGAAUUUAAUGGAAGGGAAUCCUGCAAUAAGGAGGAAGAGCUCGCUACAACAUCGUACGCGUCAGGAAUUAUUAGGAAAGCAGGAGAGGACACAGAAAUCCAUAAAACGUCUUGUGGACUUUAUAAAACUGAUGCAACUACGAAAAGACACGUGCUCGCCUCCGCGCUCGGAAUCGGACAGCUUCCAUCCUCAACCUUUCUCAUCCCAAUCGCCCCGAGUAAUGUCGCCACCGCAAACCACGAGUACUCGACAAUCAGUACAACAACAAUCGCACCAAGAAUUGACAUUGAGCAAUCAGAGAUCAAUAACUGCAACGGUAACGGUAGUGGCCGAUCCUAUUCUUCGAUCGUCCUCAACCAUUUGCCACAGUCAAACAUCAGCUACGUGCAGUCGGAGUCCCAGUUGCCAUAUACCACCUACCAGUUGCCAAUCGGUAACAACGUCCAAUCAGAAAAGCAUCAAUCAUACCUUAUCCUUAAAAAAAUCAAAGAACCAAUCGGAAGGUCUGGCCAGCAGCAGCAGCAGCAGCAGCAGCAACUUGCCAACAUUGGAACACAACCAGAAGGACAGAGUAUUUCAACAUUCUUCGACUCCCAACUGCCAACCACGUCUCGGUACGAAUCACACGUUCACUCCGAGGUCACCCUCACCUACCCUUCCAUCUACAUUGAAAAACAUUUCUCCGAGCCGAUCAACAACAAUAGCAAUAGCAACAGCAGCAACAACAACAACAACAACAACAACAACCGAGGUCGAAGUAAAAAAACAAAUCGAGCAGUACCAGGGCUCAACCGCAUCAUCGAUUCCGAAGAAUUCUCCAUUACUACCGACGACCGUCCGAUGGAACGAUCGGUCUGCAACGGCAAGAAGCCCAGAGCCAGCAGACAAUCGAGAAUCAAACUCGGUAUCAAUAAUCUACGAUCAACAACAAGAAACAAGAGGUUACUCUUACCCGCCUACGACAGUAGCACAAUAUCAAACGAACAAUUACCAAUGUCAAACAGUGCCAACGCAAAAGAGACAUUUCUCGGUAAUUGGUCAAAGAAUCGAAUACGACCAGGAAAUAAUGAGAUACUCAAAUCUUACAGCUCAAGUUACGACUCCUCCUCCUCCUCCAGUGUCAUCGCCGACGAUACCAGUAUUGUCCUCUCGCGAACCACCUGUAAUACAAACGACAAAGACUGCACAGACGUGCACCAACAAUCGUAUCGCAAAACUGAUCGUUUCGAAUCAAUCGAACAACAACAACAACAACAACACCCAAACGAACACCACCAGCGCGGAAUCAUCUCCAAGUUCUUCGAACACGUGAAAUUGGAAGAAGCGCAUAUAUCAGCGCCACCUAGAGCAAAGCUAGCGUGCAAGAGCACGACGAACAUUGAAAUCGGCGAAGAGCUCGACCGAUUUCAUCAACAUGACCAAAAGAAUUGUAGCAAAAGUUCCCAUAACAAAUUUCCUCGCGAGCAAGAAGAAGAAGAAGACGAAGACGAAGACGAAGAUGAAGACGAAGAUGAAGAUGAAGAUGAAGAAGAACGAGUGGGACCAAGUGCCGAAUAUGCUAAACUCGUGAACGAAAAAUCAUGUUCGAGGAUGACAACGAAAGGUAAUGCUGAUAAUGGGAAGGUUGUUACACCUAAAGAAGCAAUAUCUAACGUAAAAGACCUAGAGAAGAGGUCCUCAGAGGAAAUGUCCUUUUCACAGUCCCAAACCGCACAAGUUAAUCCCAUUAAACCCGAUGACGAGGUAUCAGUUCCUGAUGAUAAGGCUGACGUCGAGAGACAAGACUUACACGGUGGCCGAUCAUUGUCGUCGUCGUCGUCGUCGUCGUCCAGCACUCCUGACAGUGACGUUUCUGAUAAAACUUCGAUCACUGAGGAAGGACGAUCCUCCAUGAAAGAACUCGAUGAAGAUGAUCUAGGCAUUAGCACCGUUUCUCUAGAAAGUAUGCGCGUUUUGGAACAAUUUGAGUCUGCCAUGCUGGAGGCCGAUUGUAGUAAGACCGCCGCCACUUGAUAGAACUUCGUUUGACUACAUUAUUCGUAGUGCUUUAUUUUUUAGUUAUUUUUCUUCUUUAACAAAUGAAACUGUCGAAAGAAAAACUUAUCGUCUCCUAAUAUUAACAUCAAAACUGACUUUGGCAGUAGCAGUAUUUUUCUAUUGAUUUUCCUAUAUAUUUUAAAUAAUCAUUCGAGUUAAAAAUAAUGAUAUAUGAUCGUCGUGAGAAGAAAAUGAACAAAAUUGAAACAUCUUUUUUAAUCUCUAUUUUACAUUCGUAUUUUUAUAUUUUUAUUUAUUUAUGAAUAAUACCGAUUCAAUUUCUUUGAAUAAUCUAUUACGAAUAGUUUUUUUUUACUGAUGAAAAUUCAUGUAAAUUCUGUAUGCAUCUUUGAAAAUGUCUAUCAAUGAUAUCGAUUAAUUGUUCUUUUUUCUUAAUCAUAACGAUACACUAUGAUCCUAUUGCGUCUAUUGCGAUAAAUGUUCUCUUGUUAUUUUGUGCGGUACGUUCCUAAUUACGACUUUACGCGUAUUUUCCAUGAAAUCAAGUCAAAAAUGUCAAGAAUUCGCAUAUCGUGCAGUGACUAAAAUGUAUGUUGUUAUAUUCAGUGUGGAGUGUGUUUUAAAAAAGAAUAAGUGUUUGAAAAAGAAAAAUAAGAGGCGCCUAAUUUAAGACAAAUUUAGCCAUAUUACCAUACUGCCUUAUUAGUUUUUCGAAUAAGGUAUUUUUUAUCAAUAGUUACCGCAUACAAACCCAAGAGAAACGCACGACACAUUGCGCUCAUUUUGGUGGGUUUAUUAUUAUAAUCAAAACUUACUACUAUUGCCGCUGCAAGUAGUCUUAAAUACAGAUAUUUAAGAGUGUGAAUAUGAACAAACGAGUCUAAAGUGUAGUACAUCAAAAUAUAUUCUUAUGCCUGGUUAGUUAACGAUUAAAUACAUACGUAUCGAAUGUCAUUUGUCAUUUAUAUUAUUAUUACAAUUAUUAUUAUUAUUAUAUCAAUGCUUUUUGAUAGUUUCCGUUACGAUGAUUUUUUUUACUAUUAUUAACCAUCAAAGGUUUCUUCUUUUCAAAUUGUGAACUAAAUAUAUAUUCAUUACAUCUUGUUCACAGGGUAUGUUGAUCUGUUAUUAUUGUGAGUUGUAUUUUUGUACCGUCGAUCAUUUUUAAAUCUUCAUAUUAUUUCAUUUACACAAUAAUGAUUGUAAUCAUGAUUUUAUAAGAAUAAUUAUGUAUUCGAUUGUAUCGUAUCUUUGAAAAUCUAUGCUAGCGUUUUUUUUUUUUUUUUUUCCAUUCAUUUUAUUCUCACGUUUAUUAAGAGUUGAUUUCACAUGAUAUGAUUAUAUACAUCUACUGUAUACAAUUACACAAGAAAUUGUUAUGUGAUGUAGGCGACAAGAUUCAAAAUGAAAUUCGUAUUUUUAUGAAUAAAUCGAUUUAAACUCAACAGAAUCUAAUAUAUUAAUUAUAAGGGUAUAUUAAUUUAUACAAUUAAUUUGUAAUCCUUGCAUAUAGCAUUCCUGCUGGACAUUCGUUCAUUUGAUGUAACGGUUACGUACGAACGGGUCAAAAUGACUUGCUGAAUAAAAUCUUAAUAGGAGCAAGUAAGGUAUGUAAUUAACGAAACAAUACAAACUUAUUUUUGAAAUUUACUAUAUCUA